AUGGCAAUCCCAAGCAUUAGGAGGCUUACAAUACUGAACUUGGCAAUACUAUAUCUUUGUAUUGUGUCUGUAAAAUGUAUCGAUAAUUUUAAAACUAGGUCCUCUGUUCACGACAAUGGCGACCGCUGGAAGACAAAUGAGGUUCCGACUUCUGGAUCUAGCUUGUGGACACCUGAAUACUAUGAUGGGCCGGAUACAUACAAAAAAGAUUUCAUUACAUCGAACUACGAUGACAAAUACUCGAACAAUAGUCCAUUUUACCCCAGCAAAACGCGGCCUGGCUUUUCACCAUUUAGCAGCGGGAGCAUCUACACAUCGGGUGGAUACCAUGAUCGGAAGCCUGUCUAUGGUCUUGCACGUCCAAUCGAUUACGGAGUACAUGACUACGAAAGUUCGUAUGAUUAUGGGCACGGCGGAUAUGGUUUGAACCAUCCAUAUGGAUCUAAGGAUCUUACAAAAACAGUAUGGAUUCCUUUGGCUGGUGCGGCUCUGUUAGGGAUUGCAGCUGCGCUGGUUGCUAAUCCAGUAUUACUGCAUCUUGGAGUUAGUGCGGGGAAGCGAAAACGCAGAGAAGCUACAAUGAAUGCACAUCGCUUAGCAUAUCGUGCUCAAUCCUGGAAGGGUAGCAAUAAAGGAAAACAACUGAAUAAUUAA